GGUGGACUGGCAGCCUCACACUCGCCCGCUGUCCACCUGCCCGCCACCACCACCGCCUCGCUCCGCACACCAGUAAUGGACACAACGAGGUGCUCGCCUCCGUCACUGCGCUAGUGGAGUUAUUACGGACACUCGUCGAGAGGAGGCCAGUCGUGUGCGCCUCCAGCGUCGUAGUGGUGUGGGCUGCGUGGUGUGCGCUUGCCUUGACGGAGACUGCGUGUGAGUGUGUUUUUGUCGCCGCUGCGAGGAAGCUGAGGCUGGGCAGACCCCUGGCAGCGUAAGCUUUGUAGAGCGUCUCCACCACCGGCCAAGCUGGAUACGCCACUACUGAAGGGGACGGUCCCCUUCACCAUCUUGCGCAAGCACCCAAUCGUGCCUUGUAAGAUCGAGGUGCCGGAAGACCCGCCACCCAAGCAGCAGGUAAGGGAGCAAGAGCAGCAGCAGAAUCAAGCAGAGGAGCAGCAGACUGCCCCCGCCAUGGCUCCCAACACCCCUGAGAACACCAGCAAAGCAAACUUCGCGGAGGAGGAGGAGGAGGGAUACCCCGAGACCACCGCGCUCCUCACGCCCCCCACCGCCCCCACCGUGAUGGCGCCCGACUCCCCCACUUGGCCCACCCCUUUGCCGCCUUUGCUUAUGGCCAGGAAUCCCUCCCGCAGAGACUCGGAUAUCUCGGAUACUGGCGGGGACGCGGAGCGCGCCACCACCAGCAGCGCCUCCGGCAAGAAGAACAUAAGAUGGGUUGGUGUGCACGGUGGUGUCGGGGAGGAUGGAGCGGAACCUUCCUCCAAUGCCGCAGCCUCCGCCAACACGCCGACCACGCCCCACAUCAUCGUGUCCGCGGAGGAGGACGAGGUGGCCGACAACACAACCCCCAAAGUCCGGCUAACUUACGAUAACGAGGACCAGUGUGACAGCUCUGCCUCCAAUGGACAAGUGACCAACAAUGGUGUUGCCGCCACAGGCAUCAACGGUGGCCCUAACAAUGAGGAGAAGCGCCCCAAGCUGUCGCUCACUAUGAACUCACUGGAACUCCCAGAUGCCCGUCGCCUUUCUUUUGACUACGGCUACAAGAAGACUCGCAGGGGCUCCAUAAAUGAGAUCCUGAGGCGUAUGGAAGGCAGCCAGAUAAACCUGCAGUUACCGACCCACCACCACAUGCGUCGCUCCAGCUCCAAGAACAGUCUGGAGCCCUCGGUGAUGGACUGGAGGCAGGAAGGGAAUGACUCCCUGAUCGCCUGUGUGAGUGCUCUGUAUGGCAAGCUGCUGGUGGUGAUGGGCAUGGCAUUCCCUGUUGCUGAGGUCAUCUCCCACAACAUUCCCAUCUCCUUCUACAAUGGAUUUUACCUCUACUUAUACAUCGGAUCCAUAGUGUUCCUGGUGUAUGCAUACCUCUUCCUUCUGCAGACCAUCAACAUUCCCACCAGCCAAAUCAAGUCCAAGUUCCAGACACUACGAAACUACGUGCCCAUACCUGAUUUAAACUUGGCGUUCAUUCGCCGCAGGAACAGCUCCAACACCAACGAGGGGACAGGACGACUGCACAGCAAAGAGUCACGUUUUAGUGGCAAUGAUGCUGACAAGGAAAGUGACCGAGCCUCCAUCAACACCAUGACCUUCAAGCCACCCAAGUAUGGACUGACCGAGUCCAGUAAUCACGGCUCCAUGUAUCUCAAGAUGGGAGCUGUGUUGUUUGGCAUUGGCAGCAUGAUCUACAGUGGGCUGGAAGUUGGACAAUACUUUGAGCUACAAGGAGGUGACAGUUGUGCUGAUAUCCUCUUGGUGAUCUCUCCAGCAGCCAGGAUGCUCUUUACCUUCAUUCAAAUGUAUUUCAUCUUCCUUAACUCAAGGGUUGCCAUCAGUCGUCAUCGUAUUAUUGCCAGGUUUGGGCUGAUGCACAUGAUAGGAACCAAUCUCUGCAUCUGGCUCAAUGUACUCGUUCAAGAGACCAAACACGAAAUCAUCAAUCUUUAUUUCCACGGGGAACACCAUGGAGGCAAUCUGUGGGCUCAGAUCUUGAAUGAAGUUCGUGGGACCAACCUGUCGACGGGUGCUCAUGGUGACUCGGCCGUGUUGGGUGGCCAUGACCAUGCUGUGGAGCAUGAUAAUGAGGAUGUCCAUGUCCCUCAUCUGGUGGAGCGGGGCGACCAUGGGACACCAUCAAAUGCUUCUCACCACAAGGAACCUAACAUCACCCAUGCCCCGGCACACCACCAGAGUGACCACGGACAAGUGUUCAGCAUCUACGAAUGCAGCCGCUCAGAGCUCAUGGGAGAACUGGUUGACAAGGCAUCCCCAUUCCUCUUCCCGUGCACAAUCGAGUAUUCUCUGCUCUGUGCUGGUGUGCUCUACGUUGUGUGGAACAACAUAAACAAGCCAGAGGUCACCCGUGAUGGAGACUCUGACAUUUCGACGUACCUUGCCCGAAGGGUCCGCCACCACUAUUCGGUUGACUGCGCCCAUGCCAAUCGUGGACUCUUCAUGGGUAUCCUCAUCCUUGUACUGACCAUCAUUUCCCUUAUUCUCUUCUUUGUCCUCAUCAAUAAUGAAGCCUACAAGUCUUUAGCCAUCAUGGAAGCCAACAUCAUAGAACUCUCUGUAUAUGGUGUUGCCACGGUGACGGUGGUGGUGGGCAUGAUACAGAUGCGGGAGCUGGAGUUUGUGCCUGAUGGAGACAUCGAGCUGGACAACAUUCUGUUGCUCAUUGCUCAGACUGGAGUUUACAUCUAUACCUCCUUCACCAUCAUUGGUGGACACUUCACCAUGAGUGAUGCUCGAGCUGUCAUGGUGCUGCCGCUGUUGUCUGCCAUCAUCACCCUGACACAGACCACCCUGCAGACCAUCUUCAUCCUGGAUGCCACACGUCGCUGCUGCUACAACUCAGAGCAACUGGAGCGCAAGCCUGGAAGGGAGAUGGUUACCUUCUUGUUGGUGUGCAAUCUUGCUAUGUGGGCAAUCAACACCUUUGAGACAUCCCGAGCAGAUGCCCAUCCAACACAGCUCAACUUCUAUGGAAUCUGGGCCUGGACCAUCAUCUCCCACAUAUCAAUGCCGCUGGCUAUCUUCUACCGCUUUCAUGUGACCGUCUGCCUCUGUGAAAUAUGGAAGAGAUCUUACAAGCUCAAGCAUGAGUAUUAAACAAGUUAUAGGAAUGCUGGUAUGAGCGUGGUGUGUCUGAAUUAGCUGUCAGAGUAUUGUAAAUAUUAUUAUUUAGUCUUCCCACAUCAGGCCUGAUCAGUCUAAUUUCAGUUAUGAAAUUAAGAACAGUUCUGAAGUUUGCUUUAAAACCCUUCAUUAACUUUGCCACAAAACACUUCUACAUGUUAUCAAAUAUGUAUAACUGUUAUCAAGUGUGCAUAUAUAUCACUACUACAGAUGAAUCUGCAAUUUCCCCUCAGAUUACUUUAAUGAAUGAAGCUUUAGUUCACAGAUCUGUAGUUUGUAAAUUUCACAUGUAUUCUCUCCUCUAUGACAGUCUGUUCUGGCAAAGUUUAAUUUGUCAAAAACAUUACGGUUUGUAAAUGAUAAGUGUCUUCAUUUAUGCCUUUACUAGCAAUUAUGAAUUACACUGUGGUCAUGGGUUUUGUUCUUUUAAUACAGUUGCCUUAAGAUAUUCUGAGGUUUACAAUGCUGUCUUUAGUACAGUGCAAGAAAAUACAGAAAUUUCAUGUGGCAACAUUUAUUUUAAAAACAUUAUUUAUUACUUUUAAAAAUAGCAAUAUGGUGCUUCCUUAAUGCAAAUAGUCUUGGCCCAAAAAACUUGUGAUGUAAAACACUAGCUUCUUUUAACACAGCACAACCAAAAUCACUGAAAAUUAUACACUAAUUCUUUUAUAGAGCAACAUGUGUGGAAAGUGCUACCAGAAAUAUGUGCAUAACAAGUUUUUGGUGCUGGACCUUAGCACUUGUAUAGUACUGCACUAACUUACACACAAGGUUAAUGAUGUAAUACUGAGGUGAAGCUGGAUUUUCAAAAGACUGAUCAGUAUUUUUUCUCAGAUGUCAUUUUUAUGCAGCUGACUGAAGGAGAAAACACUGCAAAGCUCACAGUAUUCUUCUUAAAUCUUAUUAAAAUGUAUGUGCUUCACUCACUGAUUUCACCCCAAUGGCACACAAACCAAAAUACAUGGCCACCUCUGUUAUAUCUUAAUUUCCCACUGUCUUUCCUGUUUGCUGGUUAAGCUCAUGUAUUGCAAUACUUAUUCUCCUACUCACUGCUGAAGUCCCUGGAAAUUAGGUAGAAUAAUUUAGAAUUACAUGGUAAAGUUAAUGGCUAUAAAAUCUCAGUAACAAUUGGAAUAUUCAGGAAGAUUGAAUUAUUCUUCCUCUGUUGAAGCAAAUGAUAUAACACUGACUAGAAGCUUUCACAGUAUAAGCUUUCUUGUAUCAGAGACCUUUUGAAAAUCCAACCAUUAAUCUGUAAAUACUCGUAUAGUGUAGCUGGCAUGAAGGUUACAGUCUUCAUUAUUUAAUGAUGGACAAGCAACAAGUGAUGGUGUGGCUCUGAGCCACUGCAGUAGGUAUGUUAUGGUUAAAGGAUAGGAAGUUACUCUCAAGAUCAGGACAUCUGCAAGUACAAAUGCUCACCUAACAAUUGCACCUUAGUAGAAAAACACAAACAGGAAGUUUAUGCAAGUUUUUAUCCUUAUAUAAAAUGUUGCUAGUGUUACCAUAUAAAAUUGUAUUGCAUCAAACCUCCAUACAUUACUGUCUCUAUCCAGUAUGAGACUGGUAUUCAGGAAGCACAAGCAUGUGCUGAAUAACAAGAAGCCAGAAUUGGUGAAGCUGACAACAUUUCAUCUAUUUAUACAUACUUUUUAUUAUUAAAGCUUAUCUUAUAAUUAUUUCUGAAGAGAUUGACUAAUUUUUGUAGUAUUUAUGACUUAGAACUAUGAUGAAGCUAUGAAUUAAUAUAAUUCCUGAUUUGU